AAGAACCAUAGGUACUAACACGAAACAACAUCCAUAUCACUCUCUUAUUGUCUCUCGCGUUUCUCGUUCGUGUUCCAAUGGAGUCGCGAGUGUUGUCACGCGCCGCCAUCUUGUCCUCCCUCCCUCACCUCCGCAAGCUGCCUCGGGAGUCCGCCGCCAAUGCUUCCCUCGUCUCCGUGAAGGCAAUCGGUUCCGUCGCCGACGGUGGGAACCUCAUCUGGGGGAGGCAGCUCCGUCCGGCGCUGUGCUCGCCGGCGCUGAAGAAGGAGGUUGUACUCCUCCGGCCAUGCCUCGCCGCAGCCUCCUCGCCGGCCGAGGGGAGUGAUUCCGCCGGGGAAGCGAAGGUAGCUCCGGUGGGUUUCUUCGAGAAGUACCCGGCUCUAGUCACCGGGUUUUUCUUCUUCAUGUGGUACUUCUUGAACGUGAUUUUUAACAUCCUCAACAAGAAGAUCUACAAUUAUUUCCCCUAUCCAUACUUUGUAUCGGUUAUCCAUUUGUUUGUGGGCGUGGUGUACUGUUUGGUUAGCUGGACCGUGGGCCUUCCAAAGCGUGCCCCUAUAGACUCCAACCUGCUGAAGUUGCUCAUUCCCGUGGCUGUGUGUCAUGCAUUAGGCCAUGUGACCAGCAAUGUCUCAUUUGCAGCAGUUGCUGUUUCUUUCACACAUACCAUUAAAGCUCUUGAGCCAUUCUUCAAUGCUUCUGCUUCACAGUUCAUACUUGGCCAAUCAAUACCCAUCACUUUAUGGCUGUCACUGGCUCCUGUUGUUCUCGGUGUGGCAAUGGCAUCAUUGACCGAGCUCUCAUUCAACUGGACUGGCUUCAUAAGUGCUAUGAUUUCAAAUAUUUCCUUUACAUACCGGAGUAUCUAUUCAAAGAAAGCCAUGACUGAUAUGGAUAGUACCAAUAUCUAUGCCUACAUUUCCAUCAUUGCUCUAAUUGUCUGCAUACCACCGGCCGUAAUUCUCGAAGGGCCUACACUGUUGAAGCACGGGUUCAAUGAUGCAAUUGCUAAAGUAGGUAUGGUCAAGUUCAUCACAGAUCUCUUCUGGGUUGGGAUGUUUUACCACCUGUACAACCAGGUGGCGACUAACACACUGGAGAGAGUGGCUCCUCUCACUCAUGCAGUUGGCAACGUACUGAAACGUGUAUUUGUGAUUGUAUUUUCAAUUCUAGUCUUCGGUAACAAGAUUUCCACCCAAACUGGUAUUGGAACAGCCAUUGCUAUUGCAGGAGUGGCAAUCUACUCGCUCAUCAAAGCCAGGAUGGAGGAAGAGAAGCGACAAGCGAAAGCAGCAUAAGAAGAAAGAGGCGUCAACUUGGAGGAUGUCUUGAACUGUAAAUCAUCAUAAAUUUCCUUCAAAAUAAUUGGGUGACUGGUUCAGUAUUGUACUAUCCUUCGGAUAGCCUUUUCUUUUUCCUUUUCUUUUUCCGGUCAAAUCUUUUUUUUUUCCCUUGUUCAUUCAGAAAACAAUGACUUGCUGAUUUGCAGUCUUUUCAUGUUUGACCAAAAAAAUGAUGUAUCCAUGAUUCCCAUAAAGUGCUCUUAAGGAGGCGUUUGGUACCGAUUUUCUUAAAAAAUUGAUAGGCAAAUUCAAUAGGGAUUUGAAGAUUACAGUGUUUGGUAGAAGAUUAAAAAAAAUUAUGCCAUCUAUAUUGAAUACCCAGGCAAAGUACAUCAUGUGAAAAAUUGCAGCAAUCGCAGUGUGCUUGAUACCCA